AGUGGUGGCUCGCUGGAAAUGUCGUCGCAGCAGCAGCAGCAGCAGUACGCCGGCGAGGCCGCCGCCGGUGCCAGGACGCGACUCAGGUGGACCGGGCAGCUUCACGAGCGGUUCGUCCUCGCUGUGGCGGAGCUCGGCGGCGCAGACAGAGCGACGCCCAAGUCCGUGCUGACUGCCAUGGCCGAGCCGGGGCUCACCUUGUACCACCUCAAGAGCCACCUCCAGAAGUACCGGCAGGCGGUAAGCCGCGGCGGCAAUGGAGGCGGCCCGAACGACCGGUCAUCCUCGUCGGACCGCCAGCCGGCCGACUACGACGGCGAUGGCACCGCCGAUGAGCCACGUACCAUUGCUUACGACGUCGCCGGCGAUGCUAAGGCGCCCUGUGAUUCUUCCAGAACCAUGAUGCAGAUGCAGAGGGAAGUGCAGAGAAAGCUGCAGGAGCAGAUUGAGGUCCAGAAACAUCUCCAGCUGAGGAUGGAGGCGCAGGGGAGGUACCUGCAGUCGGUGCUACGCAGGGCGCAGCAAGUCCUCGCCGACCACAGCCUGGCAAGCUCGCCGGAGGCCGCCAAGACGGAGCUCUCGGAGCUCUCCUCCGCCGUGGAGAUCGAGUGCGUGUCCUCCCCCUCCCCGCCCCGGCGCUACCGCCGCUCCGCCGCCGCAGCCGACAGCUGCGUGACAACGUCGUCGUCGUCGGAGGGCGAGAGCAAGGCCGCCGGGUCCAAGCGGCUCCACACCAGCGACUGCACCGUCGAGCAGCCGGUGCAGGGCAAGAGGGCCUUCCCCUACCUGCAGAGGCAACACCAGACAGAGGAAGAAGAUGAAGAACAAGAUGACGAUGACGAACAAGAAGAAUAUGCAGGAGCAGAGGAUGGAAGCUCAUCAGAGAUCGAUCUGAACAGGUAGGAUGCAGAGAAGGAGGAGCAGCAGAACUGCAGAAGCAUCUCUGAUGUGCAGUGCAGUGCAUUGCAGCAGUGGAUGAUUGGUGGGGUGGCCUCCAAGGCUGGGUCCAAGCACCCAGGCUUUUGAGCAAUGUCUGCCUGCUGCUCCUCAUUCUAUGAUGAUAUAUAUUUUAUUUUUAUUUAUAUAUAUAGCUAAUGCAUGCAUCUGGUUCUUGUGUUUCACGUACCCUGUAAAAAAAAUGGAAUUGGAAUUGGAGGCAGGCCCAGCUGCAGAUGCAUGUGGCAUGCUUGAGGUGCAAGAAUAUAUAGGAACUGUAGGAGUGUGGAUUAUGCAGCCAGUGAAUGAUUGCCAUGAAAGAUGGAAAUGGUUUGUAGUGUAAUUUAAAGAGCAAGGUUGGUUUUUCACAACCGAGCUCAGUAUGGAUUAAUUUAAGUUACAGUGGCUGGAGGCUAAUUUCGCACAGA